UGCUGGUGAGUUAUUCCAAGCUUGCCACAUGGUGGCGCUCUCCACAACUCAUGAGGGCGCUCUUCAUUGCUACCACAGAUUCAUGGUCCUUAUUGAUGACACAUGUCUGUGUCCUAAAUUUUUGACUCGUAUUUUGACUCGGUAUAAUUCGAUCAUCCUUCCACCCCAGGACCCGAGGACAGAGUUUUUACGUGAACUCUGCAAUCGCCACAGUCAUAUUUGGUAAUAAACAAGCCAGGAAUAUACAGUGUUGAACUUGAAACAGUGUUGUUAACUACAACCGCCACAGUAAAAACUCUUCUUGGGAUAAGAUGUCAGACACGGAUGAUAUACAGCUUGGUGAUUCGGCUUCAGUUCUCAGCCAUGGCAGUCGCAGUUCGAGAGCCAGCUCAAGACACUCGAACACAGAGCUGCUUCGUAUAACAGAGGAGCAGAAGAGAGCAGAGCUUACUGCUCGGUCUGCAGCUAUCAAUGAAGCACAUGAGUUGGAGAUAUCAAGACGAACAUUAGAAAUGGAAAAUCAACGACUCAUGCAGCAGAUAGAGAUGUCACGACUGGAACUUCAAAGACGAGCGAAUCAGCUGAGACUCCAGACAGAGAUUAAUGUGAGCAGCGCAAGACUUGAAGUUUUGGACAAGUUUGAUGGUGAGUCCCCUCAGCAGUUGAAUGAUGUAAAUGACCUCCCCCCAAUAAUUGAUGGGCCAUUUACCGAGGCAGAAGCUGAGAACGCACCAAACGAUAGUCCACAACAUCGUGCUCGCAAACUAGAACAUGGGACUUUGAAUACCUUUCGAGACACACAGAAUGAUGGUGACAAUUUCCCUAAAACCCCACCCCCUAUGUCUACUCCACCUACUGGAAUGUCGGAUUCAUCUGACGCAGUUCUCCCCCCACAUACCAGUGAUGUACCCCGCAACGAUGUGGCAAGUGCCAUCACAGCACUGGCAGAUGUGCUCACACACCGGGAGGAGAAAUUGCCUAAGAAAGAACCAGAAAUCUUCAAAGGCAGUGUAUUCGACUUCCCCGUGUGGAUGAAUUCCUUUUCCGUCCUGGUAGAGCAGCGCUACACAUCACCAAUCGACCGCCUAUACUAUUUAGGCAGAUACACGUCUGGUGAGGCCCGAGAGUGUAUCAAAGGACUUCUCGCCUUGAACAGUGAGAACGCAUACCAGAAAGCGAAGAAACUCCUGACUGAGCGGUACGGUAACAAGAUGCUAGCUGCAAGCACCUAUCGUGAGAAAAUAAGCAAAUAG